AUGGCCCUACGCUUAUCCAGGCACGCGCCACAGCUGCGUUGCACCAGGUCAUUCUCGACUUCUCCGCGCUCCGCAAGAUAUUCCGAUACACUGCCAAACUUGAAAAUUGGAGCGCACACCCGGGUACUCUUUCAAGGGUUCACAGGACGGCAAGCAACGGCCAAUGUGAAAGAAUCGCUGGAAUGGGGCACGAAUAUUGUCGGCGGUGUCAAGCCCGGUGUGGAGGGUGAGCAUUUGGGACUUCCUGUGUUCCCCUCCGUGAAGGUGGCGCAGGAGAAGUCCAAACCUGAUGCCUCGGCAAUUUAUGUCCCGGGAAAUCAGACUGCACAGGCCAUUGAAGAGGCUAUCGAGGCAGAGAUCCCGCUCGUCGUGGCUGUGGCUGAACACGUCCCUAUUCAUGAUAUCCUCCGAAUUCAUUCCAUGCUGCAAACCCAAUCAAAAACCCGUCUCGUGGGCGCAAAUUGUCCCGGAAUAAUCUCUGCCAUCGGCAAGUGCCGAAUUGGCUUCCAGCCUCUUCCUUGCUUUGCCCCCGGAAAUGUCGGCAUCGUCGCCAAGUCAGGAACCCUGAGCUAUGAAACUGUCGCAUCGACAACCCGAGCUGGUCUCGGACAGAGUCUUUGCAUCAGUAUGGGCGGUGACGUGUUGGCCGGUACCAACUUCGUCGAUGCGCUGAAGAUUUUUGAGCACGAUGAUGAUACACACGGAAUUAUUCUGGUUGGUGAGAUUGGUGGCGUUGCCGAAAUGGAUGCUGCGGAGUGGAUCAAGGAUUACCGGAAGCGAACUGCCAGUCCCAAGCCCAUCAUGGCUCUCGUGGGAGGCCUGGAAGCACCCGUUGGUAGAAUCAUGGGGCAUGCUGGGGCUUGGGCGGCUCCUGGAGAACCCGAUGCGCAAACAAAAUAUCAGGCGCUAGAGCGGGCGGGCGCUGUCAUGGUGAACCAUCCAGAGAAAUUCGGCGAGGGUAUGAGGACUUUGCUGGGGGGUAGUGGCAUUCGCCCUGGUGCUAGCAAUAUCUCGGGCUCUGGCUCUGGGAAGCGUGGAUUCCACACUAUGCGACGUGUCACUCCUGCUUCAAGGCCAGUGGUCCAGCAGAAGCGGGGUUUAUACAUAAAACAAUUCCAAGCAUUCGAUCUCUUAAAAGAGAAGAAUGUUGUUGUCAAUGGAUCGCCUUAUAAGUCCGACGCAUCUAUCUCGAUCUCAGUUGACCGGACAUCUCUUUCGCCGUGCAUCGUCGCUUCUCCAACCGCGGAUUUUGACCCUGCUCAAGCUCGCCGAUUCCCCUUCACUUAUUCCCAAACCAACUUUGAUGGAAAUCACCUUAUUACUCAAGUUACUUCACACCUGGGCCUUCCUGCGUCGGCGCAGAGCAGAGUGUCCAGCUUGGUUCAGGCACUGUGGGAUAUCUUCAGGGAGAAAGAGGCGUUCGUUCUGGAGACACAGAUCGGAACAGCAGCCAACGGAGGUCUCGAGGUCCACACCGCAAGAUUUGGAUUUGAUGAUGCCGCAUUUCGCAGCUCAGGUCGACAGGAGGAGAUUCACCGCUUGCGCAACACCGCUGAGGAAGUUCCAGCAGAAGUCGAGGCCGAAAAGGACGGGAUCGUGUACAUCAGACUAGAGGGCGAAGGCAGCGUUGGCACGCUAGUGAAUGGAGCCGGCCUGGCCAUGAACACGGUCGACGCACUUACGAUUCACGGCGGCCAUUGUGCCAAUUUCCUUGAUACCGGCGGCAAGGCCACUUCAGAAACGGUAAAGUCUUCUUUCCGGGUGAUCUGCGCCGACGCCCGCGUAAAGGCCAUUUUUGUGAAUAUUUUCGGAGGAUUGACGCGCUGCGAUAUGAUUGCUGAGGGGAUCAUCCUUGCCUUCCGGGAUCUGAAUAUGCAGGUACCCGUUGUGGUGCGGCUGCGUGGAACAAAUGAAGAACUUGGCCAGAAGAUGAUUGCGGAAAGUGGUCUGCCUCUGCAUGCUUUUGACGGGUUUGAGGAGGCGGCUAAGAAGGUGAUUACGUUGGCGCGGUGA